AUGACGUACCCCUUUGACUCCGUGCUGGUCACCCCAGCCCAGCUCCACGCCGCCGUAACAAACCCACCACCCCGGCGCAUCAUCCCCGUCGCCGCCGGACGACUCGCAGCCCAUGCGCAAUCCUACCAAACCCACCACAUCCCAGGCUCCGUCUUCUUCGACAUGGACCUCAUCCGCGACACCACCUCGCCAUACCCACAAAUGCUCCCCAGCGCCGCCGACUUCGCAUCGCACAUCCGCGCCCUGGGCAUCCAGAAAGACGACAUCCUCGUCCUCUACGACGCCGUUGACGUCGGCAUCUACAGCUCGCCGCGCGCCGCGUGGAUGUUCCGCGUCUUCGGGCACGAGCGCGUGCACGUGCUCAACAAUUUCCGCGUCUAUGUCACGCAGGGCUUCCCCGUUGCAACGGGGGAGUUCCCGCCCCCUUCCCAGCGCCAACCCCCGCCUUCACCGCCAGAGGACGAGUAUGCCGAUGCCGCCUCGGGGCUGGAGAAGGGGAGCGUGAUUUUGUUCGAGGAGCUGCGGGAUGUGGUUCUGCGGGGGGGCCGCGAGUACCAGAUCAUCGACGUGCGGAUCCGCGGGCGGUUUUCGGGCGCGCAGCCGGAGAUAUACCCCGAGUUGAGCUCGGGGCAUAUGCCCGGGGCGAUCAAUGUGCCGCUGGCGGCGAUGCUGGAUGGGGAGUCGAGUGAGUUUUUGCCGCGGGAGCGGCUGCGCGAGGUGUUUGAAGGGGCGGGCGUGGAUGGGACGAGGCCGAUGGUGCUGACGUGUAACUCUGGGGUGACGGCUACGGCGCUGGACUUGGCGCUGGGGGAGCUGGGGUAUAAGAACCAUCGGCGGAUAUAUGAUGGGAGCUGGAUGGAGUGGGCGAGGCGGGUGGAUGGUCCGGGGUUGAUUGUGAAAGAUGUUUGA